AUUAUUCUCCUUAUUCUUAACAGAUACUACAGAAAGUUGAUACUUAUGGUUCUCUCUCUCUCUCUUGCUCUCUCUAAGAGACCAUCCUAAUUUCUAUGCAGACUGGCAAAAUGGGUUUUUGAUUUAGAGAAUUUUAUUGUUGGUGGGGAAUUCUGUAUUUGGGCAUGAAAAUCUUUUAGGGUUUGUUCCGAAUAUUCAAUCCACAGCACAGCUCUACUGUUGAUGAUAGAUUUUGACCAUGUUACAAAUUACUCCCGGCUCCCAGAUGACGAGCAUGGAAGGAGAAAGAGGGUGAAUUUACAAUUUCACAAGGACAACAACUGGCGGUUUAUGUAAUUAUGUUCAGGGGGAUGCUUCUAUUUACGUCCACAUUUCGCUCACAUGCAUUGGAAUUUGUGCUCUCAUAUAGAUGGGUGUUCUAUCUCAUAUUUCUCGUCCACCAUUCCAAUUUUGGAUGUCGUAAAAUGGUUGUCCAUUUGAAAAUUUUAAGGAUGGAUAGGGGAAGAUUGGAUUUAAGAUUUCAUCACUCCGGGUCAACGCCAUCAGAGGAAUCAGCUUUGGGUUUGGAAAAGAACUACUGCAAUCAUCUCAAUCUACCUUCAUCCAGUUCACCAUCACGACAAGCUUUCACGCCAGGUAAUCAGCAUUCUGAGAGCAACACAGCCUACUUCUCAUGGCCCACUUCCAGCAGGUUAACUGAUGCAGCUGAAGAUAGGGAAAACUACUUCGGAAACCUUCAGAAGGCAGCUUUGCCCGAAACUGUAGGGAGUUUGCCUACGGGGCUGCAAGCUACUACCUUGCUUGAACUGAUGACCAUUAGGGCAUUCCACAGCAAGAUCUUGCGACAUUUCAGUCUUGGCACAGCAAUUGGUUUUCGGAUUCGUCGGGGUGUUUUAACUGAUAUACCAGCUAUUCUUGUCUUUGUUGCUCGGAAAGUUCACAGGCAAUGGCUCAGCCGCAUACAAUGUCUACCAGCUGCUCUAGAGGGACCUGGUGGCAUAUGGUGUGAUGUUGAUGUUGUAGAAUUUUCUUACUAUGGUGCACCGGCAGCAACUCCAAAAGAACAAUUGUAUAAUGAGCUUGUAGAUUGCUUGCGGGGAAGUGAUCCAUACAUUGGUUCUGGUUCCCAGGUUGCGAGCCAAGAAAAAUGUGGCACAUUGGGUGCCAUUGUAAAGAGUCGAACAGGAAAUCAGCAGGUCGGUUUCCUCACAAAUCGCCAUGUGGCGGUUGACUUGGACUACCCAAACCAGAAAAUGUUUCAUCCCUUGCCACCGAGCAUUGGACCUGGGGUUUAUCUGGGUGCUGUAGAGAGAGCAACAUCAUUCAUAACGGAUGAUCUUUGGUAUGGCAUAUUUGCCGGAACAAACCCAGAAACAUUUGUUCGAGCCGAUGGGGCUUUCAUUCCUUUUGCCGAAGAUUUUAACAUAUCCAAUGUAAUGACAUCCGUGAAAGGCAUAGGUGAGAUUGGCGAUGUCAAUAGCAUAGAUUUGCAGUCUCCAAUCAACAGUCUUAUUGGCAGACAAGUCGUGAAAGUUGGAAGAAGCUCUGGAUUGACUACCGGGACGAUAAUGGCUUAUGCUCUUGAGUACAAUGAUGAGAAAGGGAUUUGUUUCUUUACUGACUUUCUUGUUGUUGGCGAGGACCAACAGACAUUUGACUUUGAAGGUGAUAGUGGAAGCCUUAUUCUCUUAACGGGUCAAAAUGGGGGAAAACCACGCCCUGUUGGGAUCAUUUGGGGCGGGACAGCUAAUCGGGGUCGUUUGAUAUUAAAAGUUGGCCAACCCCCGGAGAAUUGGACUAGUGGA